AUGGCUUCUUGGAUGACGAAACUUCGGUUGCAGUUCAAAGGCAUUGGAAACGUUGUUACAGGAGUAAUUAUCGGUGCUGGCUUGGUAAAGAUUUAUUACGAGACUUCGGAUACAGCAGAUGGUAAUACUACUACUAAGAAAGAAAUCGAGGAUAUUACAGCUAGACAUGAUAACCUCAAACGUGGACACCAUCUUCGCACAGUUAGUCUUCGAGGAGCAUCCAACAAGGGGCUAGAGGUGUACCAAGUAGACAGUUCAAGGUAUGAAGUUUUCGACACUGGAGACGAGAAAAUGUUCAAAUAUGGCCUCCCACGGAGGUCAUCGGACUAUCUGCAAUAUAAAAAUCACGUUUUGUGUUACGAUCAAGUGAAGAAGACACCGAGAUGGGUACUAGAACAUUUGACACGUGAGAAAGUUAAAGGCGAGGCGAAUAGGAUAUACUCGGUUUUUAAACCUGAUCCGAACAUUCCAGCUAUUUUUCAGUCAAAUAAUGAUGACUACUGGGACAGUGGAUGGUCAAGAGGGCACAUGGCUCCCGCAAGUGAGUACACGUUUAGGACAACAAUAUUCUAAGGGUACCCCUGCUAUUCAAAGUGAAAAAUCUUCUGUCUAACCCAGUUCUUCUUUCCUGAUGGGAAAUCUCUGUUGAAGGGAUCCAGAGAGUCUCUCUAUUCCCAAGGGCAUCCCACCAACUGCAUGUACAUGUACAAGAUUGUACAUAUGUGGUUUCACUUUCAAUAUUGUACGUUUGACUGCUUAACGUAAGAGAAUUUUUCAGGUAGGCAAGGUUGUCAAAAUGACGACACAUCAAACAAAAAAUUACAGAGUUGCAGAAAUAUUUAGGUGAGAAUGAGGUCUCAAUUACAUGCGCCAAGAAGGGAAUUCUUACAUUACAAGGGAAGGGUACAGUCUGCAGAGUAUGACAGAACUCAAUGUGAUCUUGCAUGUGCAAAGACAAUUCUCCAGUGAGGAAAAAAUUAUUCUUAGAUCAAACAUACUCUGCAGUCAAGGGAAAGGAUAUCAUGCUAUCUUACACUGUGCUCUUUAAGUGCUUGGAGAAGCAAUUGAAAAUAUUGCAUAUCCGCACUCUGUUUUCUUGAACUAAGCCUGACUUCUCUCUCAUGGUGCAAUCCCCUCUCCAUUUCUUUGCCCCUAUCUAACAAAUGAUGCUUAAGUGAAGAUUGGCAUCAGGCUAAUGUACAUGCAAAGAGUAAGCAUUUCUUCUCUGGACUUUCUAAUACCCCUGAGCUGAUACCUUCUUUUCAAAGAGGAUAAAUGAAAACUUUAUAUUUAAACUGUGUAACGGCAGUAUCAAUUUAAUCAGUUAAAAUGGAGCCUGAAAUCAAUUUAGGAUUGAGAGGGAUUUCAUCUGAUAACUGUUUUGCAUUAGCAGUGGGGGAACACUUUGUUAAAUUAGAUACAAGUGUUCUGCUCUAAUCUCUCGACUCCUAGUUUGUUUUCUUAGCUAAAUUUGUUGGAGCAAUAUCAUUGUUGCAGGGCAGUUAUGUUUUAAAUUCCUGUUCAAGCCUGAAAUUGUUCUCAGGCUCUAUUUUUGCCACUGCUUUUAAUUGUGUGUCCAAUUGCAAAUAUUUUAAUGAGGUUACUAUCCCUGAAUUGAACUGCACAAAAAGUCUUAAAAAGGAAAUUUUAAUGUGAAGAUACUCAACUCUUUAACUACCACAAGUGAUGAAGAGAGAAUUUCUCCUUAUAAUAUCUAGCAGACAAGUAAUGAGAAAAGUGAUGAGAAUAAUGAAAAAUAUCAAGUAGGGAAUUUAUUAAUUGAUCCAAUACCAAAUUCUUCAAACUAACACCACAAGAAUUGUAUGACAGACAGUAAGGAGAAUAACUAAUGAGAUCAAGGGAAUGAAAGGGUUAACAGAUAAUUCUCUUCAAUUCUUCAAGGUGACAACAAAUAUGACCAAGAUGCAAUGAAUGCAAUGUUCCUCUUGUCCAACAUUGUGCCACAAAAUCUGGAUAACAAUGCUAACUAUUGGUACAGACUAGAAGCUUACUGCAGGGGUUUAACAAAAAGAUACUCAGAUGUGUACAUAGUGUCAGGACCACUUUACUUGCCAAAAGAACAGGAUGGGAAGAAGAUGAUGCAAUAUGAGGUAAAGAGCUCUUCUUCAAUGAUAGAUAUUUUAUUUCCACUCCCAUAAGGUAUUCAUUUGCAUUGGAGAGUAGCCUGCAGUGUAGGUGUGAUUUUGUUGAGCAUGUGCUCGGUAUUUUCUGGGUGAAAAUUAUCGCCGCCAUAUUUGAUUAUUACAGCGGCGGAAGGCUGAGGAGAGGAAGAAAUUUGUACCAAGGGGGUGGGUGGACAGCGUAAGGAAAGGAGGAGGUGGGGUGGGGUGAUUGAAAUUCUGGAAUUUCCCCUCCUGCUACUUAUGCUGUCCAUUCUAACUCUAAAUCAAACAUGACCGACCGGAAUAACGAUCGCCAGCUUGUAAGUAUAGAUGGAAAGAAGAUACUCUACUUCCUUUUGGAAAACAACGAAAGUGUCAAGAGUAUUUCGAGUGACCUGGUAUAAACUAAGGCAAAAGGCAAGAAGUGAAUCUCCUGCUGUCUGCCAUCUUGGAAUUUUAGCAUUUUGAAACGGGCGUAAGAAUUGCACAGCAUAUUAAAUACUGUUUUAUCCUUAACGGAUAAGUUUCUGAUUUGAAUUUCUACCAGUUUCGAAAAUUUAUCCUGCUCUGUGCUGUAAUGUUGUGUUUUGUUAAGACGUACGAUGACCAAUUUUCCUCAGCUUGUUGGGUUUCGUUAUAAUAUCUACCACAAAAACAUAACUUUUUUUUUAAUGUUGAUCCUUAGGUUAUUGGUGCUAAUAAUGUUGCAGUGCCAACUCAUUUAUACAAAGUUAUUUUGGCCGAAGACGGAAACAAGCAAUCAGCUCUAGGAGCUUUCGUCAUUCCUAACGAACCGGUGGACUUCGACAAAAAGUUGCCCGAGUUUCAAGUUUCUUUAGACGUGUUAGCCCAGUACUCAGGUUUGAUAUUUUUCCCUGAUUUUGAAGCUGAAGAAGCGACUGAUCUUUGUUUGACUGAUGGCUGUAAGAUGAUGUCAAAGGAACGCAUGGAUAUGAUUGCGUUUGGCCAUCGUCUUCGAAACGCGCCGAGUUUAGAAUUGUUAGAAAAAGUUUGGCGAGAGUUGAAGGAGACCAAGUUGACACCUGACGCAUAUACGAUAGAUGUGUAUGAGUCAAGGAAAAGAGAACUGGAGCAACAGGAGAGUGAAUCCGAAAUAGCGAUAAUAAAAAUAGAAGAACUUAAGGAAAACGAGGUAGAAAUAAAAACAUAAAAGGAUUAGAAAUAAGAAAAAGGGGAAUGUAAACUAAAAGUGUUUCCGAUUUACUGUUGCGGAAGCAGAAUUGUGACCCGUUUCUAUAAUGAGCCUCAUUAACUUUUUGAAAUUGCGGCAAUACAUUAAAUUCUAUACUUGUGAAAAGGAUUAGCGGGUGUUAAGUCAAAAAACCGAUCAUUUUUGUUUAUUCUUCCUGAUAUUUGCAUUCGACUUUCAAGAUUGUUUAAUAUUAUAUCUCUAUGUUGAAAAGAAACAUGCCAAAGACAAAAAGCUUUCCGGGUCGUCGGCUCCCGGGCAAGAAACAGGUCCUUUGGCGGAGUUUGAAUCAUCCCCAGGGAACCUUAUUUUUCCAUUGUCCCACCGGCAUUAAAACAAGGUUGACAUGUUCCUUUUGUCGAGAGGAACAGGAUAUUGGUGGUUUUGCAUUCGCUCUGUUGAAGGGCUAAUGCUCGAAACGUCAGCUUUUAAACUCUUUACGGUGGCCAAUUUACGUUAUCAAAUAAGUUGGUAAUACCAAAUUACCUUGUUAUACUUUCCCACCGACGCAGCACCACAGUUUCUUUAGAAACUUAUUCUCUUUAUUACAUAUUGUUUCUUUGUAUUGUUUUAGCUUUCGGCCGGCUAUUGAUGGUAUUUCGGCGACAAUCUUGAUUGCCUUUCGUAAGCUGUUACUUUCGUCUACUUUUCGCUAGACUGUCAGUUGACUAUCGGUUACCAUUUUGUAGACUCGGUUUGCUACCAGUGAAAAUGCUGGUCAGAAGUAAUUGAUAGACUUUCGCUAAGCCAUCAGCUGCCUUUUGCUUGAACGUCUGAAGUCAGCCGACGGUCGUAAAAGAGUCUUUACAAUAUUAAUGUUCAAAGAUUUCAUAUUUCUUGUAAGCUAAGAAAAAUAAUGAUUGACCAGCUGGUUACAUCACCGGCUUGCUUGGCGUUUUCGCGAUGUCUGACCAUGUUAGGAACGAAAGGGAACGGAAGUGUGUAAGUUGGUCGCGUGUUUCUUAUGUAACACCCAUUUAAGCAAACGCCCAUUUAAGGAAAUACGACAUCGCUUGAGGUUGAAGUGCUCACGUCAUACUUCCUUCGCAACCAAAUAAUUUUUCUCUAAACAAACUCACUGAAACAAAAUGGCGGCUUCAUGUAUCUUCUCUGUUGUCUUUCGCUGGAAACGAGCAUAAAUCCGUUUUAAGGGGUUAGAAUCAUUCCAAGUCUUCCGGUGUGGAAGCGAAGGUUUUACAUAAUGAAAAUCGCUAUCAGAGAGUUAGUACAUACUGAAACCGGGAACCCGGAAUACGCAGGAACACGGACAGGACGCACGAAAAGCGGGUACUGCAUUAAAAUUGAGCUCUACUUUUUUUUCUUUUUCUUUUUGCAUUGAUUUACGCUGUUUAUUUACUUAUUUUUUCAUCUUCGAGUAUUUCGCUUAUACCGGUAUGGCGGUAUGUUCCGGUCCUCUGACUACUGUGUUUAGGCGUGUUCUGUAAUUCCAGUGUGGUCUGGUAUUCCGCGUUUUAGUGCCUUUCGAUGGUUUUAGAAAGCAUUCGAAUCUGUAAAAAAAAAACCCUGCAACCGACUUUUCAGAAGUAGGAGUCAAGCGUGAAUGUAAGUUUCCAUAAAUACAACAAGAAUUAAAAUGUUACCGACCCUGAAUUUGCAGAUCUGAAAUUUCCUAGUGUUUGCAUUGUGCUUUCAGCUAACUUUAGUCUACGCAAAACGGCACUUGGAAAAAUGAAUUUCCUCUCGAAACAUAAGAACACAAAGCCUCUUAAAACAAUGGUGAGUCUAAAUUAAAUGACGAAAAAAAACCCUGGGACAUGAAAUGGACUAAGUGAUUGCGCAUAUUUGAAAUAAACUUGAAUUGCCGUCUGCCAAAAAAGCAAAUAAAAUAAUCCUAAAAUCUGCCGUUCG